GCUUCGCGGCUCAGCGGGGGCGCCCCAGAGGCGGCGGAUCAGGAGCCGCAGCUGCGCACCUCGGCCGCCGCCGAGGGGCGCCGGACGCCCCUCGCGCCGUCGCAGCGGAGCGGCUCCUCGACCUCGCGUUCUCUGGAGGGCUCGGCGGUGCUGGAGUGCGGGGCCCUGGCCCCGGCCGGCAAAGAGAACGCCCGGCCCGAGGAGCCGCCAGAGGCACGCGCGGCGAGCCAGAGGAGCCCAGGCCCACCAGUUGGCGCGGCUGGCGGGGCCGCGAACCCGUGCGCAUUGCCGCUGGACGCUCCGGCAGGCGCGGCGCACCGCGGCGCACCGGAGCCGCUCUUCCCGGCGACCGCGGCCGCUGGGGAGGUGGCUCACGGGAACGGAUCGGCGCGCGCAGUGCCCGGCUCGCUGUGCCCGAUGUCGCGCCAUGCCUUCGGGGAGGUGUGGAAUCAGUGCGCCAUGCGGCCGGUGAUCCACGGCAACGUGGCGGGCGAAAGCUACCCGAAGAAGACCCCCGCAGGCGGCUGCGGCUUCGACGGCGUUCCGAACGACUUCCCGCCGGAGAAGAGGUGUUGGUACACCCGCGGGGCCAAGGGCGUGGCCGCCGGCAGCUCCAAGUCCGACAAGAGGAGCUCCAGCGCCGUCUCCUCGGCGGCCCACACCGCGGCGUCGGAGCCCCAGGGCCUGGCGGCGGGGGCCUCCGAGGCCGCCCGCCUGGCCUCCUACGCCCGGCAGUUGCAGGGCGUUGGCGCCGCGAGCCCGCAGGGCAUGCAGCGCAGCGCUAGUUCCCCCGAGGUCAAGGGCCGCUCCAGGGCGAUGAUGGACCACGGCACGUUCGGGCAGGGUCACGUGCUUCGGGACGCCGGGGCCCCCGAUGCGGACGCUUUGAACAGAGCUCGGCGGUCGAGAUGGAAGCAGCCACAGCCGUGCUCGCACGCUGUUUUCGACGAGGUAGGAGUCCUGCGACCCCUCGGAUGUUCUCUGGGCUUCGGUCGCCACUGGGCGCUGGGCUGCGCGUAUAACAUUGUAGAUGAGGCUGUCCGAGGCGGCCUGUUCCGGGAGACGCCGUCGCCGCGCCCGAGGGCGUCGCUGCGGGACAGCCCGGGGGUGGCCGCCCUGGUGAGGCCCAGGCUCGUGGGGGAGCGCGGGUGGUCUGCGGCCGCGCGCGGUGUCUGCUCUUCCUUAGCCGAGGAGGCUCUGGAGGACGCAGCGUCCGACCCGUCCACCGAGAUCGACAGCGAGUCGGUCUCCGAGUGCAGCGAGGACAGCUGCGACGACGACUUCUGCCCGGUGCCUCCGGAGGAUACGAUCCUGAUCUUCGACUGGGACGACACGGUGAUGCCCUCCUCGUGGAUCGGCCAGCAGGGCCUCACGCUCGACGACGACAGCUGGCCCACUGAGGAGCAGCAGGCGCAGCUCGACAGGCUUGCGGAGCGUGCGGCGCACACGCUGAGCCUGGCCAAGCGCUACGGCCAGGUGAUCUUCGUGACCAACGCCGAGUCCGGGUGGCUCGAGCUCAGCUGCCAGAAGUUCAUGCCCUCGCUCUGGCCCGAGCUGGAGGACGUCAGGCUCGUGUCCGCCCGCUCGUCCUACGAGCCCCAAGGGGUGGCGUCGCCCUUCGAGUGGAAGUACCUGGCGUUCGAGAGCGAGAUUGGCGGGUUCUACGGGGCGUGCGACGCGGACCUCUUUCUUCUCCUCCUCCUCCUCCUCCUCCUCCUCCUCCUCCUCCUCCUCCGCACACUUUACACAUCAAGACGUUGGAGGUCUGAGUUCUCCUCGUUUUGUUCUCGCAGCCUUCAUUACGGGGAUGCUUGCAACACACACGCACACAAGGUCGCGCCUGGCUGGCCGUCCGUGCGCUCGGCUAGCAUUGUGGCGAGGAGUGCACUCCAGGUAGGGCUGGGUGCAGAUGUCAUCGGCCUUCGGGCCGUUGCUAGCGUGCUGGCUUCAGGGCGGUGA